CCACCACCGUCAACACGGUCUCUGGCUGACUCUCCUGCGUACGCGGCAAAAGCCGUAGUGGUGGUAGUAGCGUAGUAGUGCGCGCGUGCGUCGUGCUGUGGUUUGUGUGCAACUUCGUCGAGUCUAAGCGUAUAGAUGUUCUCUGGUGUAAAUGUGUGGCUAAUGUAGUAGCCGUUUGAGCGAUCCGGCGGCUGUUGCUCGAGACCUGCAGCUGCCUGACCGCUUCCAGCAGCGUCGACCUGCCUGUGUGUGUGUGUCACUUUGCUGCGAGUCGCCAGCCGCGUCCGCCAGGCAUGCAAGCGCGCGCUACCUCCGCGAGCGUCCCUUGAAACGCUACCAUGGUGGUCGCCGACCAAGGCAACUGGGUGGCCGAUGUCGUGAUCGUCGUUGAAGGCACCGCAAACCUCAGCCCAUACGUGGAGAGCCUCAAGAGCCACUACAUUGUCCCGACGUUGGAGUAUUUCAAUGGCGGUCAGAUUGACGACAGGGACUGUGGCUACGAUACAAACAGCACCACUUAUGCCUUGGUGGUGUUCAUGGCAUCCGACUGUGCUCCCGAGCCAGCCGCCAUCUGCCAUGCUCCAACGACGAAUGUGGCCAAGCUGCUAUCCUGGUUUGACCGUGUCUCCUUUGUCGGCGGAGCUGGAGAGUCAUGCAGUCACAUUGCCGAAGGCCUUGGGACUGCACUGCAAGUGUUUGAUGACUUCCAGGGCCUGCGUGAACCGGGGGCGGUGGUGCAGAAGCACUGCAUCCUGGUCUGCAACUCGCCACCGUACCGGCUGCCCACGCUGGAGAGCCCAGUGUAUGCCGGCCACUCGGUCGAGCAGCUUGCCUCAAUCAUGGCUGAGAGGCAAGUCAACUUUAGCAUCCUUUCACCGAGGAAGAUCCCAGCCCUGUACAAACUCUACGAAAAGGCUGGCGGUGACCUCCAGACGGCGCUGUGCAAGAACUACGCCAAGGACCGAAGGCAUAUGGUGCUUCUGCGGGGCUAUCAGCUCCAAGAGCGACCGGUGAGCCCCCCCAUUGCGGUGUCCGAAGUGAAAGUAGAGCCAACACCGUCCCCGUCGGCCGUGGCACCCCACAACCCCCGCAGCCCCGCCACCACGCCAGCCGGUGUCGGACAGAAGCGGCCUGCCGGUGGUUCGCCACCAAACCCUCGCGAGGCCAAGAUGUUCAAGCAGCCCACCUCGCAGGGUUAG